AUGGCAUUGGCCGGCCUGAUUGACCCGACCAAGACGGGCAAAUACCCCGUUAUCCUCGGCGAAGGUAUCCUGCUAGGCAAAGAUGCUAACGAGAUCUUUACCGGUAUUCGAUACAACCAUAAGCCCGCCCUCUCCUCGUCCUCCGCCCCGAGUUCGGCCCGCCUAAAGCCAUCCGUUCCCGGCAAGACAACCUCUUACGACCUCACAUACACCGACGACGACAACAAAUACGCCUUCAGCGGCCCGAGAAACACAGCCGAUAGCCAAUAUGUCCUCUACUUCGACCCUGAACGAGAGGCGUUCAUUCUGGACAAGAUCGAUUCCACCUUCAACAUGAACGUGACCCGCCUCCCGGACAACUCCGACCCCGAGAGCCUCCGCCGCCAAUACCCUCAGAUCGACGACGCGUCGCGGCCUCCCCCCAAGGCCAGCAAGCCUCCCAGCAAGCCUGCCAGCGCCUCCGAAAAGCCCGCUCCCCAAAAGCCCACCCCCAAGUCUCGCGCCAAACCCACCGUCCAGAAGAAGGAGGUCAAGCGCAAGCCCGAGAAGAAGCAACCUCCCAAGUCCAUCGCCCUCUCGCUACCCGUCCCUGAACCUGCCAAGCCUCAGCCCGAGCCACAGCCCAAGCGACGCUCGGAGGACGAGGACGAGGAUGAGGAUGAGGACGACGAUGGUGGUCUGCUAGUCGAGUACCCCGGUGCCGACCCCAGGUCGAACCGCCAGACCAACUUCUCCCCGGCCUUCCCGUCGGUCCGUCGUUUCGACGACUUUAUGAACCAGCGCGAGUCCGAGGGCGAUGACGCCGACGGUGAGGAUGAUGACGAUCCUGAUAUGGACUUUAAGCUGCCCAGUCCCGUCAACCACCAAGUCCACCAGUCGGCGCCCGACCCUAUGGAUGUUGAUGCUGAUGCUGACGACGGUGGCGCGGAUCUUGAGGAUGAUCUUGAGAAGGAGAUGGAGAUUGCGUUUGAGGACUUGGAGAACAGCAAUGAGGGUAGUCCCGAUGGGGACGAAAGCGAGAUCAGUGAGGAGGAUUAG